UAUAACAGAGUUGAAAGUAAAUUGCGUGCAUACGCGUUUAAGGAAUUUCUCAAUCUCUGUCGUCUGUCGUCGUCGGUUUUUUGGUAAUGGAGGCAUUCUUCGAGGGUCAGUCCGGCAAUUGGGGCUACGAAUCGCUCAAGAAUUUCCGGCAGAUCUCCCCAUCUGUGCAGAAGCACCUCAAACUGGUUUACUUGACACUAUGCUCUGCUCUUGUCGCUUCUGCCGCCGGUGUUUAUUUGCACAUCUUGUUCAACGUCGGGGGUAUCAUAACCACGCUUGCAUGUUUUGUUGGCAUCAUAUUUGUUAUGAACACCCCUCCCUCCGAAAAUAGGAAGAGGCUUGGUUAUUUGAUGGCCGCAUCCGUACUUGAGGGGGCAUCUAUUGGCCCUCUUUUUGAGGUUAUUCUUGACUUUGAUCCGAGGAUAUUGGUAAUGGGAUUUGUUGGGACUUCUUUAGGAUUUGCGUGCUUCUCAGGAGCAGCCAUUGUGUCAAAGCGCAGGGAGUUCCUUUACCUUGGUGGCCUGCUGUCCGCUGGCUUUUCAAUUCUCUUCUGGUUGAGGUUUGCAUCAUACAUCUUCGGCGCCAGUGCUUCCAUGUUCAAUGUCGAGCUGUAUCUUGGUCUGCUUAUUUUUCUCGGAUACAUUGUGUUUGAUACACAAGAGAUCAUUGAGAAGGCCCAUCAUGGCGACCUAGACUACGUGAAGCAUGCUCUGACUCUCUUUACUGAUUUCGUUGCGGUCCUUGUCCGAAUCCUCAUUAUCAUGGUGAAGAACUCUGAGAAAAAACGCGAGAACAAGAGGAAGAAGAGGUCAUAAUUAUAUGUAUAUGGUGCUGUAAGGGCAUCAUCUUUUCCUGAUGAAUUUCUGUAGAACGAACUGUGUUUGUAAUUGUGCCUACAACUGACUGCAGCGCCAGUAUAUGGGGUGGAUAAUUUACAGAGCUUUAUAUAUUUUUAAAUGUUUCGCGGUCACUUCCAA